AAUGUGACAAGGUAACAAUAGUUGCUAGUUAUUAAGAAAGAUGGGGGACGAAUACCUAUCUGAUCCUGAGGAUGAGGUCGCACCAUCGAUGUGGCCUGAGAACAUAGGGGAUAAACACAAGAAGCAGUUCAAAAUGGAGAAACUUGGGAAUGACCAUGAUGCACUCAAGGAUGUUAAAUUUGAUCAGCAGCCUGUUCGUAUGGAUAUCCACCGACUUAUGGAAAUGGCAAAUUCUGAGAAAGGCACUUCUCAUAUGCAAUACUUUGUCAAGCACUGGGAAUAUAAGCGGGCCAAUACUGUUCGGCUUCUCAACGAACAGGUUGGCCUUCUCUCCCAACAGAGAAAAGAGAUUGAAGAAAAGAAGCUACAAAUCUUGGAGGAUCAGCGCUGUCAGGAUGAAAAUUAUUAUGCUGCGAUUCGGCAAGUACCAAUACUGGAUGAAGUCUACAAAGAUGAAUGGAAGCGGCCAAUCAAAAAGGGUGAUGACCUUUCCUGUAAUCAUGAGCUUAAAAUAGAUGCAGAAUACGACAGUAUUUUCUACUGGAAAGAGCGAGCAAUGCUGCUAGAAAAAGCACUUGAGGCAAGCCUGCAAAGGGAGCGUGCAUUGGAGGAAAAGUUAGAGCAAAGUAUAAAGAAUCUUCAGUCACAUACACCAGUGGAGGAAUUCUCUGGAAUGUUAAAACGAGCUGAUUACUUCUUGCACUUGGUUCUCGAAAGUGCUCCUAUUGUAAUUGCUCAUCAGGAUACUGACUUGCGGUACCGGUUCAUUUUUAACCACUUCCCAACACUUGCUGAUGAGGAUGUUAUUGGUAAAACCGACUACGAGAUAUUGGCAGGAGAGGGUAUAGAUGAGAUGAAUAAUGUCAAGAGAGAGGUUAUGGCCAAGGGUAUUCCGACUAAGAGAGAGUUUGUAUUUAAUACUCCAUUGUUUGGAGCAAAGACCUUUGUGACAUACAUUGAACCAGUAUUCAGUAAAUCUGGCGAGACAAUUGGUGUGAAUUAUGUUGCAAUGGACAUAACAGAUCAGGUCAAAAGAAGAGAGAAAAUGGCGGACAUAAGGGUGAGAGAAGCUAUCCAACAAGCUAAGGAAACAGAACUUAGCAGAUCUCUGCACAUAACUGAGGAAACAAUGCGAGCAAAACAAAUGCUAGCCACCAUGUCCCAUGAGAUCAGAUCUCCUCUUUCAGGGGUUCUUAGCAUUGCUGAAAUUCUUACAACUACCAAACUGGAUAAAGAGCAAUAUCAGCUGCUAGAAGUUAUGUUAUCUUCUGGAGAUCUUGUGUUGCAAUUGAUCAAUGACAUCCUUGAUCUUUCCAAAGUGGAGUCAGGUGCUAUGAAACUAGAGGCUACAACAUUUAGACCAAGGGAAGUUGUUAAACAUGUACUUCAAACUGCUGCUGCUUCUCUGAAGAAGGAAUUGACCCUUGAAGGGUGCAUAGGUGAUGAUGUUCCAUUGGAGGUCAUUGGUGAUGUGCUAAGGAUUAGGCAGAUUCUGACCAACUUGAUCAGCAAUGCAGUGAAGUUUACACAUGAUGGGAAGGUUGGGAUAAAUCUUCAUCUUGUAGAUAAGCAGCAAGCAGGAUGCGAAAUAGAAAACGGACAACUUCCUAUGAUAGCCCAUCCCGCAUGCCCAAAUAAUACUGCCACAGAAAAAUCUGCUGCCUCUCCAAGAAUCUGUGAUUCAGAUACUUCGUGUUGCUCCAGUCGUGGAGAUGCUUGUCAGAAUGGGAUUUCAUCAGAUGAAAAUUGUAGAGAGUAUAACGAGGGAGAAGUUGUUUGGCUUCGUUGCGAUGUAUAUGAUACUGGGAUCGGAAUACCAGAGAAGUCCUUGCCAUUUCUGUUCAAGAGAUAUAUGCAAGCCAGUACUGAUCAUGCUAGAAAAUAUGGCGGGACAGGGCUUGGCCUUUCGAUUUGCAAGCAAUUGGUGGAGUUGAUGGGUGGUAGUCUAACUGUGGUUAGCAACGAGGAUGAAGGAUCAACAUUUACAUUCAUGAUACCGUGCAAAAUUCCUGCAAAAGAGGAGCUCAGUGAUGAUCCUGAUGAUGCGCCCAAUUCUCGUAAUGAUUUGACUAUCAGUGAUAUAGAGGGUUCUUUCGUUUUCAAGCCAAAAGUACGACCUUCUCUUCUGUCUUCAGGAGUUCCACUAAUGAACAACACCAAGUUGUUUGGCAGUGAUAUUAUGUGCUAUGAUCCUACUAACAUAUUAGAGGAUCAUAAGCCACUCUCAAAUGGUGGUUUUGCGUCAACGAAAGAGAAUUCUGGAAAGUGUGCACCUGCUGCUAGCCAAUCAAUUGGUCCAAGUGUUAGGAGAAUUGAUGAAGACCAAGAUAAUGGUUCAAUGGUCUUUGAUCUGAAUAGUCAAGCUGAACGGAUUUCCAGUUCACGAGGCGACACAGCAUCAAUUUCAGGGGCUGACAUUCAGGAGGGAAGGAAAGCAUGUAAAGCUCUUGAUGAAAAAUCUCUUAACAAGAAAUCCAAGUGUUCUCCAAGUAGCACUAAGGCAAAGAUCCUCCUUGUCGAAGAUAACAAAGUCAAUAUAAUGGUGGCAAAAUCAAUGCUGGCGCCACUGGGUUACGGAAUAGACAUAGUAAAUAAUGGAAUUCAAGCAAUACAUGCAGUACAGCGGUGUCAAUAUGAUCUUAUCCUGAUGGAUGUUCACAUGCCAGAAAUGGAUGGCCUACAAGCCACUAGAUUGAUUCGUUCCUUUGAAAAUACUGGCUGUUGGGACGCUUCUGUAAAGGCUGAAGGUAAUCAGAUGCUAGCUAACUCAGCUAUUUCAUCUGAUUGUGCACAAGAAAAGAAAGGGAAGAGAGUUCCUAUUAUUGCGAUGACAGCAAAUUCAUUUUCAGAGAGUGCUGAUGAGUGCCUUGCUGCAGGCAUGGAUUCUUACAUAUCGAAGCCAAUGAACUUACAAAAAACAAAAGAGUGCCUGCAGCGGUAUUUGUUAUCUCAGUAACUAACCAAUUGUUGUAAAGUAGAAAGGUAACUUUAGCUUAGGACAGUUUUGUGAAGUCGCAUCAGUCUUUUCUUGUAAAUGGU